AUGGCCGCGACGGUGCGAGGAGGCUCAAUCUAUUGCGAGGCGGUCCUCCCACCGGAAGACGUCUUCUUUGAGGGUUCCGAGGACGAAGACUACGAGAAUGCAGCGGAACGGAGGAAGAGGUACGAGGCUGCCGGGCAGAAGUUCCUCUCUGGCAGCGUCCCAUUUCUGCUGUCUGCGAGCUUGAAGGGCCCCUUUGACGAAGCGUCUGGCUGGGUCAAUCCGUGGCGGUCAAAGAACCGCACCGCUCAUCCGCAACCCCGACUGGAGUCCCCAAACCUGGCUUCUCAAUGCACUCAUCCGACGCGGCCUGUAACGUCUGCCUCUGUCGAAACGCAGGCCAUAGAGGUUCUCAAAAACGCAGAGUGUGCCCUUCCCAGUCCGGAAAGCCUUAAGCAGGCUCCCUUCACUGCAACGCCGUCACGGCUCCGAGGCAAAGUCGCUGUUGAGGAUGGCUGGGGAAAUGACAUGGCGUCUCUGACGUCGACCAAAAACGACACUGACCCCUGGGUUGCGAGCUCGCCGUCACGGAAGCUGAGGAAGAAGAGAUCAAAGUCAUCCAUUGGCGUGAGCAGCGCAUCGAAAAAGCGUCGGACAACUAGAUCAGAGGAGAUGGACAUUAGCACUCCCACCACCCCAGGACGUCGGGCUACAGCAUCAAAUUCUGAGGAGCAACGCACAAAUAUCAAGGAUGAUAAGAGUGAUUCCAUCUAUGCUCAUAUCCGGGAGCUUACUUCGAAACUUCCAAGGCAAGGCCAUUCGAGCGACGAGGAUAUUCUUUCUGAUGACGACGACAGUGAAGCUUUCCUUACCAGUCAAUCAGUCGCUUCGCCCUCAAGAAAGCUGGCUCUGUCGCCCUGGAGAGUCUCGCCCAACGAGCCAGUGCGACGAAGAUUGAAUCCACCCUCGUCUUUUUCAUCUCCACCUCCUCGGUCGAGCUUAUUUGGAGCGCUGUCUCCCGUCUCCAUGUCUUCGGCCCAAACUCCCACUAAGCGGGCGCUUCCUCCAGCCUCAUCGCCCGGCCGCUUACCAUCUAUGACUGGGCUAUCCCCAUCCAGAACCCCAACACGACGCUCGCGCAUUCCCGACCAGGAUAUGCCCGAUGCGGAUGAUAACCAUGGCGGCGGUGCCAACGGCAUUAUAUCGAGGGCAGAGACCCAAUCACAGGAGCAGGAGCUCCCGUCGCUCAAGCCUCUUGAUACAUACGACGUGGAUCAUACCAACGACACUCCAGAUCUGGAUUCCCGUGCAGCUACCGCUUCACGUUCUAAUCGUGAAGAGCCUGCAUCAACUCCAGACGAAGCAACCACAUCCCGCAGCGCCCAGGAUGAUUCCAUGCGCGGUCAGAAAGCCAGCCACGAAAAGAUCAAUGCUCACAUCAAGCCAAUGCGCGCCACACCACCUCGACAAGUUACACAUCCCAUAAUAUACGAUGAAGCUGAGGGGGUCAACCGCCCGUCUCCUAGCACUAGCAUUAUUACAGCUCGAUCAAGUUCGCAACAGCCGGCUAAGGGUCAGAAUGAAGUUACCCAGUCUUCCAGGGACUCCAAAUUUGCAAAGACCAACGGAUUUCCGAAGUCGUCGGCUCUUCAAUCCUUGAGCCCUCGAAACGGUAGGAUCAACUCGCGGCCUGCGCUAAAGAAGGCUGUGCGGUCUUAUAUGUCGUCGCCGCUCAGGCCAUCGGCAUCCAGCGCAAAUAGAUCCCUCUUGCACACGGAAAAUAGCCAGCAGUCAAAGGAAAAUGUUGAGACCAAGGAGGCAAAUGAGACCUUGUCACCGCCGAUAAGAAAUGACAACAUCACAACAUCACAGCCGACUCGGGACGAAGUACUCGCCACCUCAACUCCCGAAGCUGAUUCAGCCAAGGUCGACAAAACCCAGGAGUGCGAUGUGGCUCCCGAUGCUGCAUCUUCAUCAACUGCCUCGCCUUCCAGCCUUGCGCCAUCGGAAGUCAUCCAGCCUACAGGGAUGGAAAAUACAGUCCAAGGCCAUGAGUCUUCUAACGUACCUGGAUCGGUAGAGCCAAUUGUUGUUCGAGAGGAACUUCCCACCCAGCCUAGGCCAUCUAUUUCCACGACAGACGCAGGUCCGGGCACGCCUGCAAUGCAGGCAUCCGGAGACACGUCAGAAAUGCCAGAUGGGUCUGACUCAACAGGCCCUAUGACUGAUGUCCGUGGCUUCACGCAGGAGCAGCAUGAGCAAACACUCGCCCCUGUCGACUCCGGCGAAAGUCUCGUCCUACCACCGCAAAGCGUCGAAACACACCAGCCGCCCUCUGAAGAUAUGCCUCCACCCUCCAGCGAGGUUUUGAAGAGACCGUCCACGCCGGAGCCGCAGUUUGCCUUUACGUCCUUUUCAUCAUUCAUGUCGCCUUCUCCCAGCCAUGGCCGCCAGGUCCGCUAUUCCUGGGAUGGGGUGCCGAACGGUAUCGGUCCUACCUCACGAGGCAUCCUCCUCUCUGGCAAAAAGGGUGCAUCGGGAAGCACAGCUUCCAAGAAACGGGUCUCCUGGGCUCCCUUGCCGCAUGAAGAGACGGCCAGCGCCGGCGAGGAGGUUUCGUCGGAGACGAACACGUCAUCAUCGCCGUCACGAGGCAGGGAGCGAGCAGUUUCACCACCUCCGCCGCCGUCUACCGGCCUCGCUUCUGAUUCGCUCGAAGAGAGAGACAUGAAGUUCAGUCACCACUUUGCAGCCGUGGCUGACCGUUGCAAGGGCACACAACUGCAGAGUGCGCCAACCGCAUCGGGAGAUGGAUCCUGCAGCCACGGCCCGGAGUCCCCCGUUACUGCAGGAAAAAUCGCCAGCUGGGCUGAGAUCACAAACAGCCCCCAAGUGAACCUGCAAGAGGCGGAAAGGGGGGCUGCAAAGUUGACUGGUGGAUGGGACGGCGGCGAGGAGUCCACAGACAUUGUGGAGGACAUUUUCAACGAGAUGGACGACUUUUUGCAGAUCUGGGAUGUCGACGCGGAGCUGAAGGAGGCGCGGAAGGCGGACAAGGCCCGGGCUGCUGGCGAGAAGAAGCAGGAUGAAACCAUGCCGGAGGUUGAUAUGGGCAUGGACGUGGACAUGGACGCGGGCUUUACUCCGCAAUUUUUCUUCUGA